AAAAAAAAGAGAGAGAGAGAGAGAGAGAGAGAAAAGCCAGUGGGGAAGGCCAGUCCCGUCUGCUCUCCAGCUCCAAGAUCCUGUGUGGAGCCACAGCCGCGGUCGCAGUGUCCGCCGCCUCCAUCGUCGUCGGGGGAGGGGCCGGUCGGCCCCGGGGGUCACUGCCGAGGAAUGAGGAGAGGCGGCCGGGCCCCGCGCUCCGCCCCGGCCUAGGGCCUGGCCCCGGGAGUCGCGAGGGUGGAGGCUAAAUUUUGAUCUAUGUCCUGCCUGCAUCCCGCUACUUGAAAGUACUUGAUGAUCACAUGACCCUGGACAUGGAUGCUCUCCUGUCGGAUUUUGUCCGUUCCACAGGAGCAGAGCCAGGGCUGGCCCGAGAUCUCCUGGAAGGAAAGAACUGGGACGUGAGUGCCGCUCUCAGUGACUUCGAACAGCUGCGACAAGUCCAUGCCGGGAACCUGCUCCCACCCUUUAGCGAAGGGAGUAGUGGCUCCAGGAGCCCUGAAAAAGGGUGUCCUGAUAGAGAAGCUGCUCGGCCUCCCCGGCCCGUGCUCCAGCGGCAGGAUGACAUCAUUCAAGAAAAACGCCUGUCUAGGGGCAUCUCCCACGCCAGUUCCAGCAUUGUUUCCCUGGCCCGCUCCCAUGUCUCCUCCAAUGGUGGGGGUGGGGGGAGCAGUGAGCACCCCCUGGAAAUGCCCAUCUGUGCCUUCCAGCUUCCAGAUCUCACUGUGUAUAAUGAAGACUUCCGCAGCUUCAUAGAGAGAGACCUCAUUGAGCAGUCCAUGCUGGUGGCCUUGGAACAGGCAGGGCGUUUGAACUGGUGGGUGAGUGUGGACCCCACCUGUCAGAGGCUGCUUCCUUUGGCAACUACUGGAGAUGGGAACUGUCUCCUGCACGCAGCCUCUCUUGGCAUGUGGGGUUUCCACGAUAGGGACUUGAUGCUCCGGAAAGCUUUGUAUGCACUGAUGGAGAAGGGGAUAGAGAAGGAAGCAUUGAAAAGACGCUGGAGAUGGCAACAAACUCAGCAGAACAAAGAGUCAGGGCUGGUAUACACAGAGGAUGAAUGGCAAAAGGAAUGGAAUGAACUGAUCAAGCUUGCUUCAAGUGAACCCCGCAUGCAUCUAGGUACCAAUGGAGCCAACUGUGGUGGGGUGGAGAGUUCAGAGGAGCCAGUAUAUGAGAGCCUAGAAGAGUUCCAUGUCUUUGUCCUCGCUCAUGUGUUAAGGAGACCCAUAGUCGUCGUGGCAGACACCAUGCUGAGGGACUCUGGAGGGGAAGCGUUUGCUCCCAUCCCCUUUGGAGGGAUCUAUCUGCCCUUGGAAGUCCCAGCCAGCCAGUGUCACCGCUCUCCUCUGGUGCUCGCCUAUGAUCAGGCCCACUUCUCUGCACUUGUGUCCAUGGAACAGAAGGAGAAUGCCAAGGAACAAGCUGUGAUCCCACUUAUGGACUCAGAGCACAAGCUGCUGCCCUUGCACUUUGCUGUGGACCCUGGAAAAGGCUGGGAGUGGGGCAAAGAUGACAGUGACAAUGUCCGACUGGCCAGUGUGAUUCUGUCACUAGAGGUCAAACUGCACCUGUUGCAUAGCUACAUGAAUGUAAAGUGGAUCCCCCUAUCCUCCGACUCACAGGCACCUCUGGCCCAGCCUGAGUCCCCCACGGCCUCAGCUGGAGAUGAGCCUCGCUCUACUCCCGAGUCUGGGGAGUCAGACAAGGAGUCUGUUGGCAGCAGUUCUACCAGCAAUGAGGGCAGCCGGCGGAAGGACAAGGCAAAGCGGGAUCGAGAGAAGGACAAGAGGCGAGCAGAUUCUGUGGCAAACAAGCUGGGCAGCUUUGGCAAAACCUUGGGCAGCAAGCUCAAGAAGAACAUGGGAGGCCUGAUGCACAGCAAGGGUUCCAAGCCUGGAGGGGUGGCAGCAGGGCCAGGGGUGAGCGGUGGCACUGAGACACUGGAGAAGAAGAAGAAAAGCUCACUGAAGAGCUGGAAGGGCGGCAAAGAGGAGGCGGCAGGGGAUGGGCCGGUGGCGGAGAAACCCACGUCCGAGUCUGCUGGGAAUGGGGGCAGCAAGUACAGCCAGGAGGUGAUGCAAAGCCUGAGCAUCAUGAGGAUCGCGAUGCAAGGCGAGGGGAAGUUCAUCUUUGCCGGAACCCUGAAGAUGGGUCACCGUCACCAGUACCAGGAGGAGAUGAUCCAGCGCUACCUUGCUGAUGCUGAGGAGAGGUUCCUGGCAGAGCAGAAACAGAAGGAAGCAGAGCGGAAGAUCAUGAAUGGAGGGGUAGUGAGUGGGCCUCCUCCAGCCAAAAAGCCCGAGCCAGAAGGUGGGGAGGAGCAGCUGCCUGCUCCUGCAGAGCCCAAGGCAGUGGCAUUCUCUGCUGGCUCCCCGGGGGGCUUCACCAUCCCCAGGCCUUCUGGGGGUGGAGUCCACUGCCAGGAGCCCCGGAGGCAGCUGGCAGGGGGCCCAUGUGGGGGUAGCCUGCCACCAUAUGCCACCUUCCCCAGACAAUGCCCUGCAGGGCGACCCUAUCCACACCAGGACACCAUCCCUUCUCUGGAACCAGGCAGUCACUCCAAGGAUGCAGUUCACAGGGCUGCAUUGUUACCACCUGCCUAUCGCGUGGCUGAUUCCUAUAGCAAUGGUUACAGGGAGCCCCCGGAGCCAGAUGGAUGGGCCGCAGGUCCCCAGAGACUCCCCCCAACCCAGACCAAAUGCAAACAGCCGAACUGCAGCUUCUACGGACACCCUGAGACAAACAACUUCUGCUCCUGCUGUUACAGGGAAGAACUGAGGAGGAGGGAACGGGAGCCACCUGGGGAGCUGCUGGUGCACAGGUUCUGAGUGGGUGGGACCCUGGAGGGCAAGGGGGCUAAACAAAGAAAGUUAAGCUCAAUUAACUGGCUCAUCUAGACCCAGCCUCCAUGUUGAAGUGGGCAAAUGCAGUAACUUCCUGGGAGCCUGGUCAGAAACCUUUAAGUGUGUGGUGCACAUUGGAAUGGUGCCAUGCUAGCAAGCACAGGGCAGGGCUAGCCACUGCCUCAAGGGCUGGACUGUUCCCCUGACAGAGUACCUGGGGAAAUUGAUGGAACCUGGGGGGCUCAUGGAGAGAAAGAUGGUGCUUCUGUCUGGUAAACAACUGAGUACCACCUCAUGACCUAAGGGAAAGUAGUAGGGGAAGGUUUGGUGUGUGGGGGUGGGAGGUGGGCAGGAGCCUGGGGGAGGAACAGGGAAAGGAAGUUCUCAGUAAAUAAAAGAAAAAACAGACCAAAGUUCUUCUAGGUUGGAACAAAAGCACAUGGUGGCGGAGCUGGGAGUGUGGAGGGAAACUGAGGAGAGGCACGAAUUUACUGUUGAUUUGAAUUAAGGUAGAGAUUGAGGGUUGGAUAAAUUCUUCCUCCGGAAGGAUCUGGAAAGAUAAGGAAGAGGGCUAGUUUCAACCCCAGCUUCGUGAGACGGCAAAGGGAGCAACUUAGAAGCGGCAUCCUUUCCCUCUUGUGUUUUAGUUUCUUCUAAACAAUUCUGUCACCUUGUGUAGUUUGAGAAGUAGUUGCUGGCUGCCCCCCUGUGUUUGCCUUUAUGAGGGCUGAGCUCAGCUAAGUUAAGAAAGUUUGAUUUUCCUUUAUUAAGAAAGACUUUAAUUUUAUUUAAAAAAAAAAAUCCCUCUGAGAACAGAACAAGUGAGAGCAGAGUAGCUGUGUGUGUUGCAUUUUUGCCGGGUGAAUCACUCAGAGGUGUUCUUUUUUACUACUUAGCAAUAACCGUACACGAGGGUCAGCUACGCCUUGGGAGGGGUUACGGGAAGGACGCACAUUUGGCCAGACUGUUUCAAACAAAACCAAAAACCUAAACAGAGCACUUCCAUCUGUUGCUGCUGUGUUUCUGUAGGAAGCAAUUUAUACAUUAUUGACUUUUUGUUUUAAAGGAAAAGACCCAACGAUCAAAAACAUUAUAUAUAUAUAAAUAUAUAUAAUUUUUUUUUCCUAUUUAAGUGAUUCUUUCUCCUUCCUCUGUACUUUUGGAGAAUGAAUUUAACAUCCCGGCUUCUUUUGUUAAGCCAUAGUUGACCUUAAUCUGUGGUUAGUUUAUUAAAAUAAUAAUAAAAAAAAUACUUUGUAAGAAGAGAUAUUUUUGAUAUUAGGAUUGAUGUUAAAACAUGGGGUGAGGGUUAGGGGCAAUUUAUAAAAAGGUAGUUAGAGAAAUCUAUUUUAGUGAACUCUAAUCACAGAUCACAGAUUCCUCCCAGUGAGCUGGUCUGUCUCUGGAUCACUCCCUUCCACUGCCUCACGCUGUCCUUGGCCACUGGAGUGGGGGUGUGGACACAGUAGGGGGAGCGCCUUUGCAUUUUGCACAAAGCACAAGUCUGGCCAGCCUCUGCUCUGGCCAGAGCCGUUUCUAAAGAGCUUUAAACCAGAAGACCUGUCCUGGGCCAAUUUUCUUUUUUCUUCUUCUUUUUGGGGGUUGGGGGGAGGGUUGGGAGAUAGUUAGAAUCAACUAUGCAAUUGUAUACACUCUUGGGUGCAUAUGAAGAAGGAAAAUAAGUGUACUUAAGUGUCCAGAGUGUAAAUUGGGGUUGUUUUUGUGCUUUUGGAUUUCUCCCUUGAGGUUUGUGUUCAGGAGCCCUAUAAUAUUCCCAUGGAAUGGAAUUCCCACAUUUGAUCCAAGGCAGACAUGGUGAAGGGAGGGGAGUGGGUUGUUGAAGGGCCUCUUGUUCGCACUUGUUCCUUCUUCUUGGGAAAGUUGCCGUCCUAGCUCCCCUUCAGGAACAAAGCUCACCAAGCCUUUUCUCCAUGUUGGAACUGCUCACAGGUUAGCAACAGUCCUUGGGACAAGCCUGGAAGUGACCUAUUUUCCAAAUCUGAGUGCUAGUUUGAUCAUUUCCUAUUCACUCUUAGGCUUUUAUUUGAAAAUAGAUUGGUUUUAAGGAAGCAAUGCUGCUCCAAAAGAAGGGAUGUUUGUGUUUUGGGGCAGGAGUAAAACCUGGGAGACAAAGCACUCCCCUUAAGUGCAAAAUGUUGCUGGGUACUCAGUAAUUCAUAUUUCAGAUGAGUCCUUUUUUUUUUUUUAAUGCAGUGUUGUUUUUAAAAUGUUACUGCAAAAAUCCAUGUUGAGCAAAAUAUCAAAAUCUUAAAGGCAGAAUCUGACAGGACCAGGAUGAAUGAAUCAGAAUUGAACCAAUAUGGGAAUAAAUCCUAUCUUUCUGUGAGUUGUUGAUUUAUUGUUCAUCAUAGAUUUGUUUACCAUAAUCUACUCUUCUACAAUAUCAUAUUAAAAUAAUGUUCAUCUUGGGGACUGGGGUUCUGGUCUCCGGUUAACUGACACGUGCAGGGUGAGUGCUUUGCUCACCUCGCCCUAGUCCAGUCCCUGGUUCUGGGGACUGAACAAGCCUAGUGAGGCCAUCACCACAUGCUCCCCCCAUGCCCCUCCCAACAUGUGGCUCUCAAACUGCGCCCCAAACUUGCACAAUUCUGGCUUUCCCGUAGACUUCUUGUAUCUUAGGAUGCUGGCCUGAACCAGUAGGAAUGGGAACAGACCAAGGUUUUCCCCAGAGAAUAAAACCAGGAAAUUUUUAAUUCUCCA